CAAUUUGCGCGUGUAAAUAAUUCCCACAAAAUUGUUCCUCUGGUAGGUGACGGUCCAUUGCAUUUUCUCUCUCCUAAAAAUAAAACCCCUAAAUCCUCUCAACCACCACACUCACUCUUUUCAGUAGAAGAAAAAGAAAAGCAAAGCAAAGCAAAGCAAAGUAGGAGUAUUCACAGAAUAAGAGUGAGGAGAGAGAAAGUUGAAGAAGGUCGAAAAUGGCGGUUGUUUCGACUUCUCUCGCAUCGCAAAUGACUAACCCUAACUCUGUUGUAUCGACUCAGUUCUCUGGUCUCAGACGAUCGUUUUUUAAGCUUGAAACUUCCGUUUCUACUCAGUCGCUUUUCCAGAAUGUCGAAUCUCAUUUGCGCCUUUCUUCUACUCGUCGUGGCUCACGUGGUGUUGUUGCCAUGGCUGCUUCUGGAAAGUUCUUUGUUGGCGGUAAUUGGAAGUGUAACGGGACCAAGGAAUCUAUCACCAAACUAGUUUCAGACUUGAACAGUGCGACUUUGGAGGCUGAUGUUGAUAUUGUUGUGGCACCUCCGUUUGUGUACAUUGAUCAAGUUAAGAGUUCUCUGACCAACCGAGUAGAAAUAUCAGCACAAAACUGUUGGAUUGGGAAAGGUGGGGCUUUUACUGGAGAAAUCAGUGCUGAACAAGUGAAAGAUCUUGGCUGCCAGUGGGUGAUUCUUGGGCAUUCUGAGAGAAGACACGUUAUUGGAGAAAAGGACGAGUUUAUAGGGAAAAAGGCUGCAUAUGCUCUUAACCAAGGUCUCGGAGUGAUAGCUUGUAUCGGAGAGCUGUUAGAAGAGAGAGAAGCGGGAAAGACUUUUGAUGUAUGCUAUCAACAACUGAAGGCUUUUGCAGAUGCGUUGCCUAGCUGGGAAAAUGUUGUCAUUGCGUACGAACCUGUAUGGGCCAUUGGUACCGGUAAAGUAGCUUCGCCCGACCAGGCUCAGGAAGUACAUGUUGCUGUUCGAGAUUGGCUUAAAAAGAAUGUUUCUGAAGAAGUUGCUUCUAAGACACGCAUUAUAUAUGGCGGGUCGGUUAAUGGAGGCAACUGUGCAGAGCUUGCAAAAAAAGAAGACAUAGACGGCUUUCUUGUGGGGGGAGCUUCUUUGAAGGGUCCUGAGUUCGCCACCAUUGUAAAUUCCGUAACGGCAAAGAAAGUUGCUGCUUGACCAUUGUGUGUGAAUCUGGCUGCAAUGGCUAGAAGAGUUUCUUGAUACAUUGUACUGUUACGAUGAUGUAUUCUACAGUUAACCCCGUUCCAUGUAUGUGGAGUACUGGGAGUCUUAUUGCUUAUCCUUUCUUGAACUGGAGAAUAAUACGGUUAAUAGGAACCUUUUAUAGGAAUUUUGACCAGAAAAAAAGAUGUAAUCUGUAUCUCUAAACUAGAGAUUGUCAUUAAAAUGGUUUGAUUGGUUAAUGUAUACGUUUUCCUAUGGCCAA